AUGAGGAAAAGCUGCACCAUGUGGAAGAAUGAUAUUCUACUUGGUUGGAUUUGCCUUGUUUUUCUUGAAAACAUUUCUAAAGUUGUCGGUGAUUCAGCACCAGAUGUAGAUUGGAGUUAUGGUGAUCAGCACCGGAUAACCAUAGGAGUUGAUUUGCUAACCAGGCAAAUAUCAGCAUCAGAUGUAGAUUGGAGUUAUGGUGAUCCAACAGAGAGGUUGAUUCCGAGAAACUCUAAAAAUGUUGAGAUGAGAGAGAGUAGUGGUGCUUAUAUUGUCCGCAUACCAUUUGGUCCAAGAGAUAAAUAUAUUCCUAAAGAGCUCCUAUGGCCACACAUUCAAGAAUUUGUUGAUGGCGCACUCAACCACAUCAUGCAAAUGUCACAAGUUUUAGGAGAGCAAAUUGCUGGAGGGCUAGCAGUAUGGCCUGUUGCUAUACAUGGACAUUAUGCUGAUUCUGGUGACUCUGCUGCUCUACUAUCUGGGGCUCUAAAUGUCCCUAUGCUAUUUACAUGUCAUUCUCUUAGAAGAGAUAAGUUGGAACAACUUCUGAAGCAAGGGUGUCAGUCAAGGGAAGAAAUCAACUCAUCAUACAAAAUUAUGCGGAGGAUUGAGGCUGAAGAACUAGCUCUUGAUACCUCUGAAAUUAUCAUCACAAGCACUCGACAGGAGAUUGAAGAGCAAUGGCGCUUAUAUGAUGGGUUUGAUGUGAUACUUGAGCGGAAAUUGCGAGCUAGGAUUAAGCGUAGUGUGAGUUGUUAUGGCCACUUUAUGCCUCGCAUGGUUGUGAUACCCCCAGGCAUGGAGUUCAACCAUAUUGUUCUGCAUGAAGAUGUGGAUGGUGAUUUAGAAGAAAAAGAAGAUAAUAAAGCUACUCCUGAUCCACCUAUUUGGCCUGAGAUAAUGAGGUUUUUUACCAACCCUCGCAAACCUAUGAUUCUUGCUCUUGCUCGGCCAGAUCCCAAGAAGAAUAUUUUGACACUUGUGAAGGCCUUCGGUGAAUGCCAUUCAUUUGAAUCUUCCGCAUGAUUCACGUGAUCUUCGAUUCCUUCAUUUUGAUCAGAAUGUGUUAUUGUUUCCUUGCUGUCUUGAAUUUUUAAAUAAACAACUUCUUCAGUUGUUUUUCGAGGUACA